AUGGAGUCUAUUGCAGGAAAUGAUAAGGCCCAUGCUAUAUGCGUACCAUGUCCAGGACAAGGUCACAUAAACCCUAUGUUCAAACUCGCCAAGCUUCUUCACCAUCAAGGAUUCUACAUAACUUUUGUUAACACUGAGUUCAAUCACAAACGCUUGCUCAAGUCCCAUGGCCCUACUGCCCUUGCUGGGCUGCCGGACUUCAGGUUUGAGACUAUUCCCGACGGCCUGCCGCCAUCUGAUGCCGACGCCACUCAAGACAUCCCAUCACUGUGUGAAUCUACAACCAAAACUUGCUUGGUUCCUUUCUGCAGCCUGCUGACGAAGCUCAACAACGCCGCACCGGAGGUACCUCCAGUGACCUGCAUAGUGUCUGAUGGCGUCAUGAGCUUCACUCUCAAAGCGGCCGAACAAUUUGGACUUCCGGAAGUUCUCUUUUGGACUACGAGUGCCUGUGGUUUCUUGGGUUACACGCAGUAUCCCCAUCUAAUCGAAAGAGGCUACACUCCUUUGAAAG